GUGUUCUCGCGAUAUUUCGUAGCUAUGACAGCAGGAAACAUGGCGGAGGAACACGGACGGAAAUGGGACCGCUGCCUGGCUGAUACAGUCUUGAAAACAGCAACAGGCCUCGGUGUUGGCAUUGUGUUCUCUGUCCUUCUCUUCAAACGUCGUACGUGGCCUCUGGCGUUCGGUUCAGGUUUGGGAGUGGGGAUGGGAUACACCAACUGCCAGCAUGACUUCAGGUCGCCGUAUCUGAUCCACGGUCGGGUGGUGAAGGACCAGUAAUGAAGGACUGAAGAUGAGGAGAAGGUUCUCAUCUGUUUUUGUGUUCCUCGUUCUGUUGCAGCUUGUUUAUGUCCUGGCACUAAUUGUGUUUAUCAAAGGGCAAUAAAUGUAUAUUUAAUAAAGCCGUUGUGGAGAGCA